ACAGCCUUUAGGAGAGAUGUAAAUAUCACACAUACUCAAACACUUAUUUCAUAGCAGAUAUAUGAAUCCAAAAAUAGUGAUUAGGCAAUAGUUCCCCAACACUCGCAAGACGGAAUUAGAAUUAAUCUAUGCUUAAAAUCAGUCAAGAGCUCAACAAUCGUUCUCCACCGUUAAACUUCGCCGGUGAUGAAGCUGAUUCGCCACCGAUACUGCCCAGAUCUGAACUGCAGAACCUAACCACGCAACCAUGGCUACGUUUCUCGAGCUGACGACUGUCCAUAUUUGCUUGCAAAGUAGAAACUCGAUCCGUGGAAAUUUCAUGCUCGAGCCCAUCCGCAAAAUGCCCUCCGAGAGCACUGGAGCCCUCCGAACAAAUUGUUGGACAACACUGGAUCUCUCUGAUCGACAAUCGGGUUAUUGGCGAACGACCUCGACGCAUCCCCAACUCCAACCAACCCCUCUGAUCAUCCAUGCAACGGCCCAAUCGUCGUCAAAGUCACCAUUGACGAAGGUUCGUCCAGACUGUCGAAAACUGCGGAUGACCUCCGAUCUUGAUUCUGAUCUCGAUUCCAAUCAGUGGCAACCUAGACACUUCCCUGACUCCAUCCCCGCCACCUGAUCGUUGAUCCGCCGGUUGGAUUGCCGGCAAAGGGGCGGGAGACGAAGACGAAGGGUUUUCUGUGAAUCGCCUCUCUUGUCAUUCGAUUUUCAGAUAGUCGAUUGCGAUGAUCAUCAGAAGGAGGAUUUUAGGCUACCAAGAAGGAAGAAGGUGGUGUGGCGGCGUG